CUGUAGUUAGAGUUUUGCACAUGUAGCUCCAGAUGUGCUCACUGUCAUUUAGCAAUCGAAAAAAAAACUGUAAUGUGCACCCGUAUCUUAUAUUUGUAUUUUUGAACAUCCAGUAGUAUGCAUGUAAAUGUACGUAAUUUAUAGGUGUAUACGCACUUGGUUUAUGCAUGUAUUCAUAAGCGAAGUUUGAUUUAAAUCCUACGCGGCGCCAUAACCAACUGUACCGUGUGAUCCCGUCGACCAACAGAGCAAGAGCAACAAAGUGAAAGGACUUUUACUCAGCGAGACAGCGAGCAGAAGGAUCGAACCAUUUUCUUGAAAUUGUACAGACGUCUUUUAGUAAUAUGUGGCACAUCUUCCCAAAAGAUCUGUAUCGUGGAUGCUGUUGGAUAUUUGCCAAAGUGACGCAUUUUCUCGAAAUUGUACAGACAUUUUUUCAUUAUAUGUGGCACAACUUCCCAAAAGAUCUGUAUCGUGGAUGCUGUCGGAUAUUUGCCAAAGUGACGAACCAUUUUCUUGAAACUGUACAGACGUCUUUUAGCAAUAUGUGGCAAUUCUUCAAAAGAAAUCUGUAUCGAGGAUGCUGUUGGAUAUUUGCCAAAGUAAAGGAAAAAGAAGAGAGAAAAAUGUACCCGUACCAGGUCCAGAAAUUUGAGCCAUUCCUACCCAAUCAAGGAAAAUACUAUGUAAUUGAGAUGGGCAAGUCAGGCGAUUUGCGAAAGCAGAUUUUAGGUCAUCUCCAAAAGAAAAGAGCUUAUUUGGAGGAGGUGCACAGUGUGGACGAUUGUAAUGUGAUUCUGGUUUUCUGCCCCAUUGUUUCACGGGCAGGAACUGACAUUGAUGCUGCACUGAAUGAACUCAAUACAUGUUCAGAAACAGCAUCCAAACCAGCUAUUUUGAUGGUGUUCCAUCACUCAUUCGACUGUUAUAAAACUGUACCAGACAGCAGCAGAUCUAUAAACAGGAGAAAUACACUCACAGUGGACUGUCUUUUCAAUGAAGAUGAAGGAUUGUUGGCAUGUGAAAGGAAUGAUGAGGCACUGGCAAAAAUUGUUCAGUGUUUCAAAAAUCAGCAUUUUCUUGAAAUUGUACAGACGUCUUUUAUAUGGAACAUCUUCCCAAAAAAUCUGCAACAUGGAUGCUGUUCGUUAUUUGCCAAAGUGAUGACAAUAUGGCCAGGAAAAGAUAGAGGAACGUAUAAAUCAAGUACAUACACUGAAAGAAGCAGACUGAUAUAUGCAGAUGAAGAAAGUAAGAAUGAAAACCUAAAGCAUGAUGUUGAAAAAAAUGAAUGAUCCAAUAAAAUAAACCAAUCUUCAAAGAAGUAAAAUGAUGCUGGGAGAUUGCAUCUUUUUAGUAUGAUGAGUGUCAUUGCAACUUUAAACUAUAAUAAGCUCUAGAAUGUGUUAAGUUCUAAUUAGAUACAUGCAAAUAGAUGAUUGUUGUGCUUCAUAGCCUGCAUGAACAUUAAUAUUGAGACUUUAGAUUGAGAAGUUCAGCAUGACGAUAGAAUUACAGCUGCAUUAUUUUGAUUGUGGGCUACUGUUCCAUUGUGUUGGGACAUCAAUCUAUGAUACUGAUCCUUGUAACAUCACUCGCUGACAUGGAUAUGUUAAUAAAGAAAUUAAGUGACUCUUGACUGUGAAUUUGUAGCAAUA